AUGAUUACCGGCUAUUUACAAAUUAAAAGGAGUAAGAAUUAAGAAGAAGAAAUCAAAAAAUAAAUUGAUAAAAACUCACCUUCCAUUGUUUAAAAUGAUUUAAUGCAAUCAUAAAUAAAAUCAUAAAGCAAAAUCACUAUCCUUAAAUCUCCAAAAAAAUGCUUUACUAUAUUACUGAAAGACCUCCCUGACGAACAUAAAUUAAAAUAAUAUUCAAAUUUAACAAGCUUUUCAAGAUCCUAGAAAAUAAGCAGAAGUUUCGGAAGUUCACACAACUCAAUGUUUUAAUUAUAUUAAAAUCUGAUUAAUUUAUUUCCUUAUGGUUUAUUAAUUUUAAAUUAAUCUUAAUAGAUUAAUUAUAUAAACAGAAAAUGCGAAAAGAUACUAGAGUGUCAUGGAAGUGAGUAAGUGUUAGAAAAAAUAAAAUUAUGUGUGAAUAGCGCAAAAAUGCCAGAAUACGGAACAGAAGUAACUAAUAGACUCUUAAAAAAAUAACUACAUUAUCAUGCUCUGUAGUAAAUAGUUAAGAAAUUGUAACUUCACAACUUUCAUACUGAUGUCUUGGAUAUCAUUCUUUCGCCUAUUAAAUAUUUUGAACUUUUAGAAUAAAAUGAUAUUCACAUAAGUAAAGAUUUGUAUUAGUCAUUUCACUAAUAAAUUUUCAUUUAUGAAUGGUACAUAAAAUCAGAACUAAUGAUACACAAUUUUUAAAAAAAAUUGAAACUAAUAAUUAUUCCAACAUCAAUGACAAAUUAACAAUAAGAGUACUUCUCUGCUCCUUCAUAAAUUAAAUCUUCCAGUAAAAGUCACUUUUCAUAGUUAAAUGAAUCUGAAAAUCCAGUUUUGCUCAUCAUCAUUAAAAAUAUCACAAGUAAAUAUAAGUGUCAAUAAUUAAGGGAUGAGUAAAUCAUUCAUCAUAGCUUAAUUAAAUCUUUUUCCCAUGAACUAAGAACUCCUUUGAAUAGCUGUUAGCAAAUGUUGAAUCUUAUGAAACAGUAGUAGUCGUAAAAUAAAUUCUUUUAAGAUUAUCUUGAUAUUGCUUAAUGCUCCAUCACUUUAUUAAUUCAUUAAAUUAAUGACAUUUUGGAUUAUGCUGCAAUACAAUCAUACUCCUUUAGUUAUAAUAUUUCUAACUUCACAAUAAAUCAAAUUAUUGAUGAAAUUGAUUAUUUAUAUAGACUUUAAAUGGCAAAAAAACGAAUUGAAUUCAAAAUUGAAGUGUCAGAAUAAUUGAUAGGCAAACUAAUUUCGAAUGAUAAAUAAAGAAUAACACAAUUAUUAGUAAAUUUGUUAAAUAAUUCAAUCAAAUUUACUUAAGAAGGAGGCAAUAUCUGUUUAAGUAUCAUAGAGGUGAACAUUUUAUACAUAAACUUUAUAGUGAAGGAUAAUGGAAUUGGAAUUGAUGAACAUAAACUAUAUUAAAUUUAGAAUAGUUUGCAUGAUACAAUAGAACUUGGAGCUGUUUUAAAAUCAAAUUCAGGAAUUAAAUCACCAGGUUUGGGUUUAAAUAUUGCUGCAAAAUUAAUUGAGGGACUGGUUGAAUCUAAAGAUAAUUAACUAAUAAUUACCUCGAAGAAAAAUAAAGGAACAGUUGUUCAGUUCCAAGUAGAAAAUCAUUAAUAAAAAAAUCCAUUAUCUUCAUAUUUUCCUAAUUAACAAACUGAAAAGUUGAGUUUUCUAGGAUGCCAUAAUUAAAUGUAAUUCGAAUAGGAUUAAAUUAUAAAAGUGAGUUGUGAAAAUUCAAGGGAAUUUUAGGAUAGGAAUUCAGACACUUAUAACAACACUUCAAGACUCAAUGACUGUGAUAAGCAACCUGAAAUCUUUCUACCAAUCAGUCCUUGCUAUUUUUUCAAUAAAGAUAAUCAAUUCGAAACCAAUAAUCUCAACAAUCAUAAAGCAACUUAUUUUUCUCCUCUCUUAGAUUCAACUUGUCAAAAAUGCAUACAUAUAUUAAUAGUUGAUGAUAUCCCAUUUAAUCAAAUAGCUCUACAAAUGAUUCUUAAGGAAUAUAAAGUUGAAUCUGAUUAGGCAUUUGAUGGAUUUUAAGCAAUCGAAAUGGUUCAAUAGAAAAUGUAAUAGCAUUGCUAAAUUUAUAAAUUAAUCUUUAUGGAUAUCGAAAUGCCAGGAAUAGAUGGUUUUUAAACUAGUAAAAAUGUAAAAUUUUUUAUUUAUUUCUAGAUUCUUGAAAUAACAUCAAACUAGACGUUUAUAGUUAUAUGCUCAGCCUAUGACACAUAAGAAAAUAUAAAACAAGGCAAGAAUCUUGGAAUUAACACAUUUCUAUAAAAACCAGUUAAAUAAUAGGAGUUAGGAGUAGUUCUGAAUAUGGUAUUUAAAAAUAAAUGA